GCGGCAGGCUGAGCUCGCGCAGGCGAACGUGCACCUGCUCGCAGAGCGCCUGCACCAGCCGUGCGGCCUCGGCGCCGGAGUAGCACGCGUCGCGCAGCCCUGCGGACAGUGCCGCCUCCAGGGCACGCUGUGCGCGCGCAGCCUCCCAGCGCUCCCCGGGCACCGGCUCCGUGCGGUAGGAGGGCGCCACCCCACGGACGGGCGCCAGAGGCAACCCUGAGAAGCUGACCCGUGAGCCCAGAGGGGGCACCGGGCCCAGGGAUGGCCGCCGACCCCCAGGACCCGCGCCUGGCCCGGCCAGCGAGUUGCGACGGGAGAAGGACGCGGCCAGGCCCAGCAUGGAGCCCCGGCGAGAGGCCGGGCCAGGACCUGGACCUGCCGGUCGCGCCUCAUCAAUGCUGGGCCGGCGGCCUCGGGGCCGCACUGGUGAGGGUUUCGGCCCGUAGUCUUUGGCAUUCUCCUCCUCCUGGCGUCCCGGGGGCAGAGGCCUGCUGGCCAUGGACCUGCUGGCUAGAGGACCUACCCUCAGGGUGGCCUUCACUGGGCAUCUGUCUACCCACCCCAGCCUCUUGCUCAGUGAUGUCAAGGGUUUUUACCUUCUACUCCCUUCUUACCUGUGUUUUAGAACAAGUGGAUCAGAUAGUCCCAGGCUGCCUGGGUUCCUAGGUGCUAAGAAGGUUAAAGGUUGUUAGACACAUGAGCAAGGGACAGGAGGCUGCUGGGACUGGGAUCCUGGGCUAGUCCCUGCCUGCUGAGUUCCUUCUCUGGGCACUAUGGAGGUUAGCCAGGUACGCUCAGAGUCUUAGAGACUGCCAUUUCUCCCUGCCACCCUACUUCUCUGGAAGGAGAAGCAGGCCUCUGCCUCAGCCUGGACCAUGGAGGCAGUGCCUCCAACACCUAACCAGGAAAGACUGACAGAUCACCUCUUUCAACCCCACAGAACCUUCCAGCCCUGGGGGUGUUGAAUCGAGUCAUCUUCCACCCAGGUCUACUCUAGAGUGGCUGGCACAAAGAUCUCCCCUACACCUGGCCCAGGCUGAGGGCAGACGACUUGUGAAGCCCCUUCCACCUUCUGCCUUUGGCCUCUGAUCCCACUUCCUCCAGAAUCAGUUCUGGGAUGGCCGCCCUCUGCUCCCGAAACUCCCUCAGGCACCUGAGUCACCUGCAGGCUUUGGCUUCUGAGUUCUGUCAGGCUCCACAGCCCUGGCCCCACUGGCCUGAAGGGCAAGUGGGAGGGGAAGGACCUGUGUUGUGGAGUUGCCAUGGUUGCUGGAGCAAACACUCCUCCCUCCAAGGAUCCCUCCCUCCAGUCCGGCUCUGGCUUAACCUGAGAGCCCUGUUACUGUGAGCAUGUGCUGAGCGUGGGGUCAUCAGGGAGAGCGGCCGACAGGGUCUUGCAGCUCAGAGGCAAACUUCCUAAGCGCAGGCGACAGAGGGGCAGAUGUAGAGCGAGGCUGUGGUCAGAAAGGCUUCGUCCUACCCCAGGGCGCUUGAGCCAGGGCCCGUUUUCUCCCCUUGUGGAGACUGGCCAUUAUGAACAAGUCACAGAGGCCUAGGAUAGGGGGAGAUCUUGAGGCUGCGGGGGCGGUGGCUCAGGAGUCCAGGGUCUGGACCCACAGGAAGGAACACGUCAUGGCUCUGUUGUCUCCCCGUCAGUCAGCCUCGACAAGGACAAACAUUUCCGCUCCCGGGCAGAGUUAGGGUGGGGCUUGGAUGACUUCCUCAGUUCAGGGCUAUGUGCGGGGGGAGGGGAGGUCCAUUGGCUCAGCUGGUAGGAACCAGGCCUUACAAAGCGGCAGUGACUCGGCAGUGAACACCGAGUCCAGCCUCGUGACCCUUGCUGACCCAAGUGUCCUGGGGCUUGUCCCCAGCUGGCUACACCUCUUGUGUGCCCUAGUACCUAGAUUUCCCCAAUGUUGCAUUUCAGAGAUGGCAGAGGCUGUGACACCUCUGCCAGAGCUGACAACUCAUGUGACUCCCCCUCUGACAGGGACAGGGCUGUCCCCUCCCAAACAAGCCAGGUCUGGGCCCUGACCCAUCUAUGGGGGCGAGGAUUUUCCCUGUUGAGUGGGGGAUUCCCAGGCCUGGCUAAGCAGAUCCUGACCCUGUGUGCCUGUGGAGGAGGGAAGGGUUACGAGGGUAAGGAGUUUGAACUCUGAACCUAGGGCAGGCUCGGCUUCCGGGGGCUAAGACCCUCAUACGGCGCUUAAUGCCCCUCUAAGGGCUGAAGUUUUCCCUGGGCCUGCCCGGGAGAUGGGUGGAGCCUCUUCUCAGGCCAGCUCCAGUUUCCAUGGAAACCCACAGGCUUCCCACCCGGCGGCUGCCUGGGCAGACUCCCAGCCAGGGCCUCUUUCGCCGCCGCCAGCCAGCCAGCCUCUUCCCAGGACCAUAGGCCACUCCAGCCUCAGCUUCUCCUGGUCCCCUCCCUGUGUCUGUUCCUGUCCCUGAGCCUCUGGCCCCUGAUGCCUUCAGUAGCUUGGGCCUCUCCUGCUCCACUCCUAAACUUCAGCUUCUCAGCAAACAGGCCUCCCAAGUCCCUGCUUCUCCCUCUCGGGCCUUGCUAGCCUCACCAGCUCUAGGACCUGGCCAGGCCUCCUAGGCUCCCUCCCCCACCCCCACCCCUUCUCACCCAUGGAGCCCCUGGGACUGGUCGUGCAUGGGAAAGCUGAACCUUUUUCCGCAGCACUCCGAAGCCUCAUCAACAACCCACGAUACAGUGAUGUUCGCUUCGUGGUCGGUCAAGAACAGCGGGAGGUAUUUGCCCAUCGGUGCUUGUUGGCCUGUAGAUGCAACUUCUUCCAGCGACUUCUGGGCACAGAGCCAGGCCCCGGGGUGCCUAGUCCUGUGGUGCUAAGCACUGUGCCAACUGAGGCCUUCCUGGCAGUGCUGGAGUUCCUAUAUACCAACAGUGUCAAGCUUCACCGUCACUCUGUGAGCCCGCUGACCAGGGUCCUGGGUGGGAGAGGCGGUGGGUGCCAGAGGCAAGAGUUUGCCCAUUACACUGUGGGCAUAGGGCAGGGGAAACUCCCUUCCACUCCCCCCACCCCGCCCACUCUACAGGUGCUAGAAGUGCUGACAGCGGCUGUGGAAUAUGGGCUGGAGGAACUGAGAGAGGUGGCCGUAACCUUUGGCCUGGGGCCGCUGCAGGAGCGCUGCGUGGCUUUCAUAGAGGCCCACAGCCAGGAGGCCCUCAGGUCCCAAGGCUUCCUGGAGCUGUCAGCGGCCGCGCUGCUGCCCCUGCUCCGCAGCGACAAGCUCUGCGUGGACGAGGCUGAACUGGUCCGAGCGGCCCGGAGCUGGGCGCGCGUGGGCGCGGCGGUGCUGGAGAGGCCGGUGGCCGAGGUGGCGGCCCCGGUGGUGAAAGAGCUGAGACUAGCCUUGCUGGCCCCGGCGGAGCUGAGCGCCCUGGAAGAGCAGAACCGGCAGGAACCACUCAUCCCGGUGGAGCAGAUUGUGGAGGCGUGGAAAUGCCAUGCCCUGCGGAGAGGGGAUGAGGCCCGGGGCGCCCCGUGUCGCCGCCGGAGAGGCACCUUGCCCCGGGAGCAUCACCGCUUUCUGGACCUGUCCUUUAAAUGAUCCAAAGCCGGGACUCACGGGGAGCCUUGGACCCGCCCAGUUGAGCCUGCCCCAAACUACAGCUCCCGAAGCGCUCGGCGUUCCGAGCGGGCUUCCGUUCCCAGCAUGCCCAGUGAGCCGGGCGCCGGAAGAACCGUUGUCUGCCACGCGCAGCCUCUUGUGCGGGGUCAAACCCGAGUGGGCGAGGUGGGUCGGGGCAGGGUCGGGCAGGGCUUGGGCUGGGCCUCCCUGCGGGGGCGAAACUCGAAAACGAGAAUUUCCGUCGCUCCACGCCCUCACUCUACGCCCUGCCCCUGGGCAUUGUCGUCUACUAGUCUAUUCUGAUGACUCCCACAUAUCUAUCUGUUCAGCUCCACUCCUUCCCUCCUUCCUCCCUCCCUC